ACAGAAUCGAUGUUACUCGGAAAUUCUUUAGAUUAUUAAUAAAAACAAAGAUCUACGGAAAAAUUAGUUCUUUUCUCCCUCUUCUUUCCCACUCACUUCCUUUAAUCCUUUCCGAAUGUUUUCCGUCUUCUCUUUUUCAUGAAAAUCUCUGUCUAUUUGCUUCCAAAACAGUAUCAGAGAGAAAAUUCAGAAAGAAAUACAAACAUACCCCUCUCAAUUCUACCUUGUCGAAAAUGGUUUAAGCAUCAAUUACGUAAAGAAGAUCUAAGUGAUGUUUCAUUCCCAAAAGCUUUUAUCAAGACGGAAGGAUUGAACAAUGGUAGGAUUGAGAAAAAAGAUUUAUGUCAAAGUGCUAUUUCGUAUCAAAAAUCUAAGAAAGUAAAUGAUGCAACCGUCAACGAAGAUAGGAAAUGUAAAUCAAUAUACCUCAAUGUAAAUGAUCAAUCUUUAAUUAUGGAGAAUAAUAGGCAGCAUUCAGUAAAAGACAAAGCAAGAAUUCUAGAGACCGAUAUACCUAAUUUUCUGCAAUUUUUAAGAAGCAUAGUUGUCAAUAUGUUUCAUGGACAAACCUUGUUUAAUAGAGCGACACGUUGUAAUUUAACCGUUAACAAGACCAUGAAUAAAUUUGCAGAAUAUAAACUAGAUUUAGACGCUAAAAUCGUUUUAAAACUCUCUGAGAGAAAAAACAGAAAAAAGUCUACAAAGAUUGUAAACAUUUUCGCCAUUUUGGCCAAAAUCGCUUUAUUAUAUUUUAUAGAGUUGUUCACCUCUAGAACGUCUCAAUUCGGAGAUCAAGUAUCGACUAAUCUUUUAUCUAAUAUUUCAUCAAAUAUACUUUACUCCCAAGAAGGAAUCCCUUUGGAUGAAAUUAUUGAUAAUAAUAAUUCAAAUGUGGGGGAGAGAGGUCAAAUCGAUGGACAUCAAUCCCCUAGCGUUUCUUGCGAAAUUGUUCCUGAAAGGAACUUUAGUGAUAAUAAUAGUAAUUUUCAACUAAAAAAUUGCACCUUUUCAAAUCGAAACGAAUUUCCGGAAUCGAAAUCUCACGGAUAUCUAAUUAAAUUAUCGGGACUUAAUCAUCUAUUUAAUAAGAAUUCUAUUCAACACACCGGAAUUAGGCUCUGCCUUAAAAUUAUUGCUAAUUACUUAAACUGGCCAUAUUUUAAUCAUACAAAUUUCUGCAGUAAACAUUCAAAAGAUAAUAAAUACAUUGAUUGGGAGUCUUAUGGGAAAAGGCAAGAUAGCUUAAAUAUUGUUGAUAUAUGGAAAGCUGAUUCUUUCCCCUCUCUGUCAAAACCAGGAAAAAUCAAUAUUCAAGAUGAGAAUACGUCAAAAAUGAAACAAUUAAUGCGCAAUUCAGUAAGUGAGUAUAAUAAAGGAGAGACGCUACAUAACAAAGAUAGUUAUACUCUUUUGAGGGAUGAAGAGAAGAAUGAUGAAAGAAAGGUAGAAACGCGAAGUGAAAGCUUUUCUCAGCAAAAUAGACGUAAGACAGAAUUUUGUGAUACUUUAACGAAAGGGAAAACUAACAAAAAGCAACCAGAAGCAUCUCAUAGCGCUAUUGUUUUUGAAUCUUUACCUGUAGAUGGCAAGAUAGAAAGUCAUCGGGGGGGGGAAAUGUCAAAUAAGUUGAUAAAGACGUCAGAAAUAAUUAAAAAUUUCAUUGAGUUAUCUAAGAGUCGUUGUCAAUUAAGAAACUCUGAUAAUAGAAAUCCUAGAAAUGAUCAGUCUGAGCAGGAUCAAUCUUAUAGUUCUUCCGAGCUAGAAGUUAACAACAUUACUAUUGAUCAAAGCAUCAUAUCUAGGCCUAUUAGACAAACAUUAAGCAAAGCUGAAAUGUUUAGAAUAGGAGAUAGUAUAGAACGAGAACUUCCAUCAUUAACUAUGCUUAGUUAUCUAUCUAAAAGUAAUUUAUCGCAAUCGAAAGUAGUAACAAACAAGGAGAAUAAAUCAAUUCAAAUUGAAACAAUGGCUAAGAAAGCUGACCAAGGAACUCAAUUAGAUGAAACGUAUUCAUAUGAUUAUAUCUAUCCAACUUUGACUGAAUCAAAUAUUUCACAUAACACUCUUGUAUCGAUCGAUUCUUUAGUUAAGGAGUCAUCGGCCUGUGACAGCUACUUACAAGUUCCAGACGACAUAUCUGUCGAGUAUUUCAUUCCCAAUUUGAUAUUAAGCAAUAAAUUCGUUCUAGAUGACAUGAUACUAAAGCCAAUAAGACGAGAUGUUUCAACAAGUACGAUUGGCUUAAAUUUAACUAAUAAAAUUGAUAAAGCUAUAUUAGUUCGUAUAAAAUCUAUUGAUCCAUCAGUUUCUUGGAAUAGGUGUAGUAAGAGCGAAAAAUUGAAAGAAAAGUUUAAAAAAUCAAUAAUCGAUUGUAAGAGAACGAAUUGCCUACAAUACUGUAAGUCAGGAAAAAAGAAGAUUGCACAUAUUAAUUCAAUUUGUAAGAAAGAAAUCCAUAGAAAUGAUUUAUUUUGUUUGAGUAAAAGAUGUCGUAUAUCACAUGGUUAUUGUAAAUUGUUGGCAACUCAUUGUAAAAUUAUUCAUCAUUGUUUUAAUAACAAGAAAACCUGCGGUAAAGAAACGAAACUGAAUACACAAUACUCAAGAAGGAAUCGAUUAGGAGGCAAAUAA